AUGGUCAAGAGAAGAAUGAAAAAUAUAGCACGCCAAUUCAAACGAAAGAGCUCCCGCAUAUCGACUGGAGGACCCGACACAUCUUCAAGACCGGCUUCAGGAAGAUCUUCGGCCAGAAGAAUCUUUCACGCUGCUCUUCAGCAGGGAACAUUGACAGGGAAUGUUCUUGAUCUUAUUAUGGACAAAGUCACUUGGGCAUGGCUCGAAAGGUUAAAUGCUCUACUUCAUAAAAUAAUUUCAAUUGAAAUGGCCCUUGAGAUGAUAGAAGCCGACGAGGGCCAUUGGGAAACCUUACUCCUCCAGCAGUUUGUGUUGCGAACAGCCGACUUACUCCACAAGCACGGAAUUAUACCUUUAGGACACCUUAAGACUUUCCUCAGGAUGAAGGACACCAUGCGAUUUGCUUCCAUCAAUGUGCUUGAGAACUGGAAGAUACUAUCUUGUCUAUCAAAUCAGUACUGGAGAUGUUUCACUGGCUUCUGUUAUUCAAGACCGUUCAUUGAGAUAGUUAAUGAAGGUAAAGGAAAGGCUGUCGCGACCCAAUAA